AUGUCUUCCACCAGCUCUACCUACCACAUUCCCUUCCCCAAGAACUUUCUCGCCGUCAACACUCGCCCCAAGAAAACAGUCCUGUCUGCUGCCCUCACUUCCCCCGUUGCCAACCUCGCUCCCCACGGCUUUCUUUCCAACGUGCCGACAAGCAGCAUUCCCCAUCGUCACCAGUCCAUCUCCUCCAUCUCUAGCAUCACCAGCGUGGCUACUUCAGACACUGCUGCAUCCGACGCUAGCACCAUCAGCGCGCCAUCAUCUCCCCGCACCAAGCCCGCGGACAGCCCGAUUCUGGGUCCAAAGAUCUUUGCUCCUCUCCAGGUCAAUGCAAAGCAUGCACUCCCUCCCAAGAAUGCGGGCGAGAUGAGCGCAGCCGAGAGGCAGAGGCGCAUGAGCUUUGAGAAGCACACUUUCUUGUCCAACAGACACUAG